AUGUGGCAGAGGCUUAAACCAGGUUCUGAGACACUACUUGCAGAUGUGGAAGCUGAGCUUGGUUGUAAGCUUGAAAACGUCAACUGGCUCCCGGGUUUCUUUGCAAUUGCAUCACAAAUUCAAAUUGCUAGGUCUAAGGUCUAUUGUGAAGGAAAGAUAUAUGGAAUUGAUGCUGCAUCUGGAGCUGCUGUCACGGCAUUAAAUGUUUUGCCAAGGGAUCACAUUCUUGAUCUUUGUGCUGCUCCAGGUGCAAAAUUAUGCAUGCUUGCUGAACAUCUUGGCAGCUCAGGUUCGCUAACUGGAGUGGACAUUGCAAAAAGCCAUCUGGCUGCAUGCAGGACAAUGUUACAAAAAUAUGCAUUGGGAGGUCGUUGUAGGCUUUUUGUAGCUGAUGGAACAAUAUUUUCCCUUUUGCCUUAUCAGGAAUGGUCAUCUAGAGUACCUUGGAGUGAAAGAAGAAAGUCUAAAGAUACUAAUAGAAUCCAAUUGAAUGUGACUUCCAAAGCCAAUACAUGUGAAUUGAUCUUCUAUGGAAGGCAUUCUGGAGUAAUUGGACUAAGAAAAGAGCAGCUGUUUCAAACUAGAAAAGAAGAGGCUAAUGAUGGUGGAUAUGACAAGUCUAAUGAAAAGCAGCAGGCGACUGAUUGA